CACUGCAACAACACGUAUACGUUUCCUACUGUGAGAAAUGUAUGUUGAGUCGUAAAUCGCUGUUAUAUAUCUAUGACCAUUGCUCAGCAGCAGGAAAAGAGUAUCAACUGGCAACAGACGUAUAGCUAGGGCCUACAGGAAAAAUUAUCUUCUGGGACCUGAGACGGCUGCAAUCAAGUUUAAGGAUGGCGACCCAUACGUCUGCGAUGACGGCCAAGUCGGUGUUAGCUAAGAUCAGUGAGGGACACCUGGAAUGCAGCAUCUGCUCCAAUCGAUUCACUGAACCCAAAAUGCUGGAGUGUCUUCACAGUUUCUGCCUGGAAUGCCUCGUUGAGCUGAAGGAGAGAGUGAAUCCGUACAGUUCCAUGCUUAAGUGCCCCGUGUGCAGGGGGGACACCAAGCUGAAAGGUAAUAACGUCGAAGAAUUGCCCAGCGACUUUACACUCAGUUCCCUGGUGGAGGAGGUCGCAAAGCAGGAAGAGCUGCUGGAAGGUCAAGGAUCAUCAGAAUCAUCUUUAGAGUUCCAAUGUUUGAGUGAGAAAUGGCGAUUGGAGACAGAAGUAGGAGGAUACAUUCCUGAAUGGCCAAGCUCAGACACUUUUAGACAUACUUUCCAUGUUGCAGCAUUUUCUGACAACGUAGCCGUUGCGGUACAAUAUGGAAUGAGCAAGCUUAUACACAUUUUAGCGUCAGGUAAACCCAAAUCCCCUGUGCUAUGCCAUGAAGUCGAGAUCAAAGGUCUUACAAAGCCUAGGCGAUUGGCCGUCAACAAGGAUGACGAACUGAUUGUUCUCAAUUAUUCCGAUGAUAAGCCUGAAGUCAAGGUCUACAAUCGGCAAAAGGAGCUCCUUCACCAUUUCGACCUUGAUGAGGACGUUAUAAUUGCACCAUCAUGCCUGGCAGUGAAUGAAAACAAUCAGAUUGCAAUUGGAAGUAGCUAUCGUCAAAACAUAGUUCUCUUUUCCUCAGAUGGAUCCUUAAUCGACACACUGUCCGACCAAAAGGUCAGUGAGCACAUGACCUGCUACAAGCAACGCUUGAUUUACUCUUACCUUAGGUGGAAAAAGUUACGGUCGAUAGAUACCAACGGCGAUGAGAUAUUCGCAGUAGGUAUGCCCAGCGACUGUCCUGAUUCCAUGGGCCCUGCAGGGGUGUGCUGUGACAAAGACGGUGACAUUUACGUCGCCAUGAAUGUUGAUUGGUCAUCAUCGGGCGGUGAGAUUCACCGAUUCAGUGCCGAUGGCGAGCACAUCGGGUGCGUGAUCAAGGGAUGCGGCUCACCGCGAGGUAUCACGCUCACACCAAACGGUGAUUUGGUAGUGGCUGCACGGGAGUCUGUUAGCAUAUAUCACCCUGUGUAAUCAGGCAUGCAACUUCACUUAAACAGCAUCCUUUUUUGGGGUUUAAAAUGGACAUUUAUGAACAUUGACAGCCCCCCUAAAAAGAUUCCUACCUCUUGAUCGUCCCGACCAAGUGCUGAACGUGCACACUGCCUCAGCCUCAACUCACUCAGAUUUUAUACGGUAUCGCGUCAUUGUCCUUACAACCUCCGUAGCGGGUCAUAUCAAUUUAAAAAUUUACGCACAGGAGCGUCGAUAAGAUGGGGGUGGUACGUAUGGUGUUUUAGGCCGUUUUGUGUUAUUCUUGCGAGUAUGAAUUUCGGCGGUGAAAAUUUUGAUUCUCAAAAAUCGAGCUGUUUCGGUGCUUGUGAAAACAACGUGCACGUCAAUGCUUUGUGUAUACUUGUAUAUUUUAUGAUUACACGAAACACGAUAUUAAAUCGUCUGACAGAACUGCAUGGGGAAACGUUCAAGAAAUUUACGGCUGGAAAUACGUAUUAUGCGUAUUCUACAAAGUGUCCGCCGUGUCAGCAGUAAAGAAUCGAUCUACUCAAUGCGGCAACUCUGUUACCUUAGUUAUGUUCCAUCAUUUCAUGGAGGGAUUCCUUCCUCGAUGGUCAUUUAAACUUGUUGUAAUUAGUUUAACUUAUUGCCAUUUCCGUUUCAAAGUAGGCCCUAAGUAUUGAUUAAAUCAAAUCAUUUCGAAAUCUACUUAUUAAGGCAACCCACUUUACAUUUAAGUUAUUGCAACCUCACUUUUUUUUAGUAAGUAGCCUAUUACUUAUAAACAAUCAUAAUUAUAGGUUGUUUUUAAGACUUAAAUUUAAAUCGUAACUGGUUUAUUUGUAGUUCUGUGAUAAAGCGCCUUGAGCGUCACUUUUUUAUUGAUAUUUUGUACGUUAUGGCUGUCAUGCUGUUAAUUCUCUCUGUCAUGGUCUUCUCUCUGUUUACUUGAUUGAAGUUCUGUAUCUGUCCGUUUUUAUCUGCCUGUUUUACAAUUUAAA